CCUCCACAACACACUCACCAUGGCCCUCCAGCCGCCACGGCUGGCGUACUACGCUACAACAGAGGAAGCGCAUAUUGCUCUAUAAGCGCACGCAUUAGCGCAGGCCUACGGCCUAGCAAAAUACCGUAGUAAACCAGACAGAGUGGACAUACGAGCAUACCUCCAGGACGCAUGCCGACAGCUCCGCCGCCAGCACCGCCUAUUUCUGUAGUCCCUCAUCCAGCUCCUGUCGCUCGGAAUACCUAUCAGUCGACAGCUACACCGGUUAAUCUUUCUCUACCUACGGCAGCACCUAUAGCAACGCAUACAGCAGCGCAUACAGCAGCGUAUACAGCAGCGCAUACAGCAGCGUAUAUAGUAGCGUAUAUAGCAGCGCAUACAGCAGCGUAUAUAGUAGCGUAUACAGCAGCGCAUACAGCAGCGUAUACAGCAGCGCCUACGGCUAUACCUACGGCUGCACCUGCAGCUAAGAAGCGCGGCCGGCCGCCUGGUGCAAAGGAUAAGGUACCACAGAAAAAGGCACUUCAGAGGAAAGAUACACAGAGGCUUAGCCGAGAGGAGCUUCUACGUCAGCUUGCAGCGUAUGAUGAGGAAAUCGAGGGGUAUAUUAAUUAGGGUGAAGAGUAGGUGUAGUCGGCGAUGCUAGGGGGCUAGGCUUAAUGCAAAGGAGCCGUAAUAAGGUG